CACGCAAGCACACAUAAAUACUCUCGAAUAUUAUAGUUAUCAGAGAGAAAAACAGGAAGCUUAAAGUCAGUAUAAUAUUAUGCGGUUUAUCUAAAUUUUAUGAUUUGCAGUCAAAAGCACAUUAUUCAUUCUUGUGUAUGGUGUACUUCACAAAAUACCAUGAUCGUAAUACAAUAUAUUUGUGUUUUCCUUUAUGUAUGCCAAAUCUCAAAGUUUACUUAUUCUAAAGUAAUCAGAAGACCCGAACAAAGUUUAAGCGUAGAUUUGCCAGAAUAUUCAUCAAAUGAUCAGAAUUGUUUCGAAAAUAAUAUCAUAGAAAAUUCUUCAAUCAUGGAAUAUUUUAGUAGAUAUACUUUUAUUCUAUGGUUAUAUUAUUACAAAGACGUAAAAAAUGAUAACAAAACAAAUAGUAUGACCAUUUUGAUACAAAACGAAGAAGAGCCAAUUGAUUACGAUUAUUAUAAUGAAUUAGAACGCGGAAUUUUAAAUGAAGAUUCGAUGAACAAAGUGAAAAGAUCACUAGAACUUGUUGAAGAACAACCCCCUGAAGGAACUUAUCGCCCUCCGUCCAAUGACGAUGAGACUAGAACCGUUCGUUCAUUACCUCAAAUGCCUUCAAUGCCUUCUAUGCCAUCAAUGCCAACAAUGCCAACAAUGCCAUCAAUGCCUUCUAUGCCAUCAAUGCCUUCUAUGCCAUCAAUGCCGUCUUUGCCUUCUUUGCCAAAACCUUCAAUACCGCAGAUACCAACAAUGCCUUCUGUGUCAUCAAUACCUCAACCACCUACAAUGCCUUCAAAUGAAUCAAAGAACACAAAUACAGAAGUGACAAAAUACGAAGUAACAACUAAGCUUCCGGAUGUAGAACAGCUUGAGACUACUACAGAAGAUUAUGGUAAUAUUGGCGAACCAAAUUGCGAUUAUGAUCCCAUUAGCUUUAUUUUAAAAUGUGGUUUAAGUUUAAUCACUAGCAUAUUUGGAUUAUCUGAUACAUGCUGCAAAUCAAUAAUUUAAUAUAGUACACUUAUACGAGUAGAGCGUACAAUAAUACAUUAGAUGUCUAAAAGAAUUUUGUUCAGAAUCGAUUACCUAUUAUAUUAAACUUUUUUGUUUACUUUAAAACAUGCUAUAAAUAAAAUUAUACCUAUU